CGUGGAAUACCGACGAUACCGGGGGGUUGUCGUAAGACAACGGAAAAUUGAAAGACGAUUAUUUUAAAUGAGAUUUUCACAUUUCAGUACUAGUGCUAGAGAAAAACGUGGAAUGUCGGAAGUGAGAAAGAAUCUGGUGUUCAGAAAAUAAUCAAACCAAAUAAAAAUAUCUGUAUCAAAAGGCCAGUGUUGUGUGUUGCUUGCGAGCAAAAGAAGAAAAAAAAAGAAAAGAAAUAAAACAGGUGGAGGCACGGGGUGUGGAAAACCGAGCCAGUAACCGAGAAGAAAGUGGCAUCACGCAAAACCGAGCAGAGUGUGUAGUUAGUAGGUUUUUAUUUAGCAUACAGAAAGAGCGAGAUACGAAACGGAAAAUGUGUCAAGACCUGACGCCUGGCCUAGGCCUCCCGGCAGCGGCAGCUGCUGCCGUUGUCUUCGCCAGCAUCGUCACCACCACCACCGCCGUCACCUCCGCCGGGGGAAAGGAAUGAAGAAAUUUGUUUGGAUUAUAUAACUAAAAUAGAAUCUAUCAGCGUUGUCAUUUGCGCGUACAACACGGUGUGUUGAUUCGGGGCGUCCGAAAAAGUUGGUUGGCCAACUCGGUGUGAAGUAAGGAGGAAAAAAUAAUAGAAGCGAAAAAAAAACCGACAACCAAUGAGAACGUGUGGGUUCGCCGUCGUCAUGUUACGCCAGAUCACGUCACGUCACGCUCGCUAGAAACGCGUUCGAACGGGAAAAACGGUGGUGAAAAGUGGAUGACAGCCGUGUGUUGGUCGGUGGUGGUGGUGGUGAGAUUCCUCGAAUGAGGAAUGAGCAGAGAGAACGGCGACUAUUGAAACUACUACAGCCGUUCGUCGAAUCCCAAAAGGAUUCAUCGUCGUCGUCGUCGUCAUCGUCGUCAUCCUUGUCCGGGACCGUGAUUGGAAGAGGUUGCCGCUCGGACAGACGAACACGAAAGCAAGGAAGGAGGAGAAGGUUGGCGUUGAGGCGUUCGAAAUCAGGACAAAUUUCAAUUUAAUCGUGCCGCAGGGUCGAACCGGAUGUCGACGCUGUUUACUAAUGCUUGUGAAAAUAAACGAACUCGGAAGAAACACUACCACUCGGUGUGACUGUGUUGUGCAAAGGUGAAUCAUAGGAAAAUAAAUUCCCCAAAAACCCAACCCAACCGAGGAAAACAAGAAAGAAAACGACUGCAAAGUUUACCUUAUCGUGUGAAUUUUAAACGAAAAAUAUCAAAAACGGAGAAAACGGAGACGAACCGAGGAGCGUUGGCAGAGAGACAUGAGUCUCCGAGGAUUUAUAGCGGUGCUUCUGGUCGGAAUCAACGUUAUCGUAGCUGGAGCAUCGCUGCUGUUUGGACUGCUGAUUGCUCUUCCCCGGCCGGUGCUGGUGCUUGGUGAGACUCCCGAUGGAGGAGCGCAAAAUCAGCAAGCAUUGGAAGUGUCACCGCUGGGAUUACUGCCGGCUGCCAUCGCGACGGAAGCUACCCCGAACGUGGCGGCCGACAUCAUUAACAUCGAGCAGGAUGGACAGGUCAGUUUCAUCCCCCGGAAGGAUAUUCGACCGCAGCGAGCCGUUCCGCCGGAAUACGCUGGACCGUCGGCUUUGCCCCACUGUGAACCCUUCACGAUGGGUAAUCCGGAUCUGAAGCUGCUGUACAGCCCGGGACAUCCGGGCAACUACCCGAACAACAGCGACUGCGUCGUGGUCCUGGAAGCCCAGGUCGGAACGCUGGUGAGGCUAGAUUUUCGCGAUCAUUUCCACAUCGAACCGUCCGAUGACUGUAAAUACGACUACCUAGAGAUUCGUGACGGCGCCCACGGUUUCUCGACGCUGCUCGGUAAGUACUGCGGGACGAACUAUCCACCGAUGAUCACCUCGAAGGAUCGCUUCCUCUGGCUGCACUUCCACUCGGACGAGAACAUCGAGUACAGCGGGUUUGUCAUCAUCUACGACUUCGUGCCAAGGCCGACGUCAUCCAUCUACGACGACGAGGGUUGCCGCAUCGAGGUUUCCGGCAUGGAGGGCUUCGUAAACCGAACGGACGUACCCCGGGAAAAGCAGCAAACCGUGGUCGAGCACGGACUCUCGCUGGACUGCAUGUGGGUGAUUACCGCCCUGGACGGUUGGAAGAUUCAGCUGUCCUUUCUGAUGUUCAAACUGGAACGACCGAACGACUGCGAGAGCAACUUUGUCGAUGUGUUCACCGAGCGAACCGACCUGCCGUCCAGAUUGAAAAACUUCUGCGGUUCGAUUGCCGAUUCGGUGGUCUCAAAGUCGAACGUUCUGCACAUUCGGUUCUUUGCCGAGGCCGCUGCCAUCAAUUCCACCUUCUCGAUUCUGUUUACCGCCUUUCGGGAGAAAGCGGCCGGUGAAACUUGUGACGAUGAUGAGUACGAUUGCGAGGACGCGACCUGCAUUUCGUCCGAUCUGCGGUGCAAUGGGCGUAUUAACUGUCGCUUCCGGUGGGACGAGGACGAGUGUCAGAAACAAACCCAAAGUCAGUCGGAGCACGUGACAAUCAUUAUGGUCGUGUUCGGACUCAUCUUCGGCAGUAUGGUGAUUGCGUUCGUCAUUAAGAUCGUACGGAAGAUCGUGCGUGAUCACAAGAUCAUUCGUGAACACAUACGACAGUCAAGGGAGAGCAAACUGAACGAACUGGGACGGCAUUCGACUAAAAAGCCGGUCGAUUUGGAUAUCACCAAAUUUCCGCCACCGGCCUUCGAUAAGGAACCGAUCAAUGUGCUGGAAAACGCGGCCAACAGCUACUACCGAGAGGUGUUGUCACCCUCGCUGGUUGGCGGAGGAAGCGGUGGCAGCGGGGGUAGCGGGGGAGGAACCAGCGGCCAUAUGGCCGGCGCGGGUGGUGGAGCGAACAUGUUUAGCAGUAGUAGUAGAAUAGAUAUGAAAAAUGAUCCCGGCCGAAGCCAGGAGAUUCAAGACAUUCUGAGAAGCAGCUACCACGAUGAUCCCCUGCGGGCGGCGAUCGGCUUCAAGGAUUCGGGAAUGUGCGACAUGGCCUGUCAAACGAGGGAAUCUCUCUUUCAACCGGUGUUCAAAAACAAGAUAACCCAAUCGCCCAAUCCGAGCAGCAUCCGCUUCUCGACGUUCGGGUACGAAAUGGAUUCCCAGGCGGGACUUCCAGCGCAGCUGCCAUCGGUGACGCCUCCACCGCCGAAAGUGAAACACCAUCACCAUCAUCAUCACCUGCAUCACGGUACCGGCGAGCGGUCCAAGUGUAGCAAGUUUGAGAUGCAGGAUCUGAGCGGCAGCGGCGGGAUGGCGGUGUCCACCGGUGUUGGCACCGCUGACGACGAACCGGAACGAGAUCUCACCGGUGGUGGUGGUGGUGCCGAUCCGAGCAGCCAGCCUCAUUCCCAUCACCAUCACCACCAUCAUCAUCAUCUGCAUCACGGUCAGAAACUGGCGGUGGAUCGAACCGUCGAUCCAUCGACCGGUGGCAUCCGAAAGUCGGCACCGGAUGUCAUCAUAAUGACGUCGUCGCAUUGACCCCCCGCUGCAGGUGGCCCGCUAUCGCCGUCGGCGACGAAAGGGGCGGCACGGCACUGGGGACGGUGGUCGUGGUUCCGAAAGUGAGAGGCUUUCGGCUCUUUUUUUUCGAUGGUGGCUUGAAAGUUGUUCGUUCUAUGAUAGUGUUGUUGUAGGUGCACUUUCUGGCGAAUCCAAAAUGGAAUGGGAAAAGUUACGAGCAAUAAUUUGUAUUGAUUAGGUUAUUUGAUUUU